CUGAGACGGAAAGUUAUCUGCUCAUACCUCUAGACUUGGCCUGUACAGGUCACCAACCGCUGCAAGAGGCUGAGAGCAACUCAACAGAGGCUGAGAAAGAGGAGAAUUUGGAUACUUCCCAGACGACCAACUAAAUUACCAUGAAGUCGACAUGUCUGAUAUUCUUGGCUUCUCUCGUGGUCUGCAACUUGACUGUGUCUGGAGGACAGGGCAUCCCCGCUGAGGAUGAGAGGGACCGAAUGACCAUAGACGACAUCAUACUACAGAGAGCAGAAGGUCUCCUGUUACGGUCCAUUCUCAAAAAGAUGCAGGAUGAAGACGGCAGAAACGGAUCUUCCUCUCAGACAGAAUGGGUGACAAAACGACAGCAUCCCGGUAAAAGAUACAUGGAGGAUUUGGAGAAGCGGCAGCAUCCAGGGAGGAGAGAAGAAGACGAGGAUGAACAGUACUUGGAUGUUCAAAGGAGACAGCAUCCGGGCAAACGCGAAGAUGAAAUGCACUCGUUCAUGGAGCUCCAGAAAAGGCAGCACCCGGGAAAGCGCACCACGAUGGGACACAUUUCUGACAACCCCGUAAUGCUAAUGAGUGAACUUUCAAAACGACAGCACCCGGGCAAGCGCUACCUGGUGCUGCAGAGCAAACGCCAGCACCCAGGUAAGCGCCAUCCCGAGGAUGAGGACGGCGACGGGGACUGGGAGGCAGAUGAGGAUGGAGAUGAAGACCUCCCUGAGUUGGAAAAGCGUCAGCACCCAGGAAAACGGUUUUGGGAUAACUCCAGUCCGGAUUUAGGCACAAACAGUCCGUGUGACGUAUUGGACCCUACGAGUUGCAGCAAGGCCAGCUUGCUGCUCGACUUUUUAGACAACAUUAGCAAGAGUCAUGCCGAGGAGAAGAGACAACACCCGGGUAAAAGGUUUGCGCCCGAGGAGGAUUCAGUGGAAGGAGAGUAGGUUAAAGAAAAAUCUGGUGUGCGUUUACUGCUGUAAUGUAAACAAAUACAUGUGUAAAUUAAGUGACCACAAUGAAUUAUUAAAAAUGAAAAAAUAAUUUUGAUCAUUUAACCUUUUGUGCCACAGUUUUUCUUUGGCAGCCAGUUACUGUAUCAUCAUCGCAAAACAUGUAUCUGCUGUUUGUUUCUUUGGAGAGCUUGUGCGUAAUUGUCCUCCAAACCUGACUAUAUCGCUGUAAAUAAGGUUUGAUAAGAGUGUGUGCCCUAUGUUGAACUUUAUUAAUAAAUAAUUAUUAUAAUUAUCA